AUCCAAGCGGUGCUCUCUACCUUUCUCUGUUUAUCGUGUACUUCUUCAUUUCUUCCUCGACUCCUCGUGUCCUUUGUUUUCUUCGAAAAUGGGCAGAAAGUUUUUCGUUGGUGGUAACUGGAAAUGCAAUGGAACUGCCGAAGAAGUGAAGAAGAUUGUCUCCACACUUAAUGAAGCGGAGGCACCGUCCGGAGAUGUUGUGGAGGUUGUUGUAAGCCCUCCAUUUGUUUUCCUCCCUUUGGUAAAAAGUUCAUUGAGGUCUGACUUCCAUGUUGCUGCACAAAACUGUUGGGUGAAGAAAGGGGGUGCUUUCACCGGUGAGGUUAGUGCAGAGAUGCUUGUCAAUUUGGAUAUUCCUUGGGUCAUUCUUGGUCAUUCAGAAAGAAGGUUAUUAUUAAAUGAAUCAAAUGAGUUUGUUGGAGACAAGGUUGCUUAUGCACUUUCUCAAGGCUUGAAGGUGAUUGCUUGUGUUGGUGAGACUCUUGAGCAGCGAGAGUCGGGAGCUACUCUGAAUGUUGUUUCCGCGCAGACAAAAGGAAUAGCAGAACGGAUAUCCAAUUGGGCUAAUGUCGUUUUGGCCUAUGAACCUGUAUGGGCCAUUGGAACUGGAAAGGUUGCAACCCCUGCUCAAGCUCAGGAAGUGCAUUCUGAAUUAAGGAAAUGGCUUCAAUCGAAUAUUGGUGCUGAAGUAGCUACCUCAACCAGGAUUAUCUAUGGAGGUUCUGUAAACGGUGCCAAUUGCAAAGAGUUGGCUGCACAACCUGAUGUUGAUGGAUUUUUGGUUGGUGGAGCUUCUUUAAAGCCGGAGUUUGUUGACAUCAUCAAGUCAGCCACUGUGAAGACCGCAUGAGCUUGGAAUCACAUGCAUUAUUUAGGGGUUGAGAGGUUUUGUUUGGUGAGAAAUACAGCAAGCUGUAGCUUCUUUAAAAGGGAACCUUUGAGAGCCACUACUAUGUAGCAUGGCUGGUAUGUCAAAGUAAACUGGAUGUAAGACAGCAGAAUUCUGAGUUUUAAUAAAUCGGAGAGUAUCCUUUUUUCUAUUCCA